AUGCGUCCCCGGGGAAGUCGAUCCAAAAGAGGACGGAAAGCUAAGCGGGAAGUAGCCAGUUUUCGCGGCGGGGAGGACGCACAGUUAGGAGAAGAUGGUGACGAUGAAGACAGCGGUGAUAGGAUCGGGGACGAAACUGCCGUCCAGGGGGAUCACUCCAAUGCAGACUCACACGAAAUGAGCAAUGGUGAAAAAACGUCCAAAGCGGAAAGGAAAAAAAUAAAAGCUUACUUAAAGUUAAACGAAGGUCUCGACAACAUCAGAGAUGAGUUGCGUCAAAUUGACAUAGAAUUAAAGAAAAUUCUGCACAAAGAGAGCCUCCACUUGGAUGCCUUUUACAAGUUCAUCCAGGCAGACAAUCCUGCAUCUAGAAAGACACACUCACUGAAGAACCUGCAGCAGAAUCGCUCAAUUGAUUCUAUGGUGGAAAAGGAGCCUCGGGGGAAUUGCCUAACAAAGAAUGGACGAGGUUUGCAUAGGGUCCAGGAAACAGGAGCAAACGAGGACAGAAGUAGCUGUGGCUGUAGCGGUAGCUCCGUGGGAGGGGCGGAUAGGGAAGAGCAGAUGGGCACGUCCAGGGGAGAUUCCUCAGACUCGCCAGGUUCUUCCUGUUCGCCCGAUUCUCCUAAAGGGGCCAGCUCGACCCACCUUAACCAUGAAUCCCUUUCGAAUGGCGAGAAAAAGUUUGACUUUGAAGCGAAGGGGGAGAAAAAGGAUCCAUUCGACGGGGACACACAGGGAGUUGAUACCAAAGUGAAAAGAGAGUCAGUCCCUUGUAGGGGACACGGACAGGCCCGAAAUGUCAGAGAUGUGGAGUCUCUUUCUGUGGAGAGUGACCCAUCAGAUGGCCAAAUGGUCACUGCGGGUUCUGCCGCUUCGGAUGAGGCCAUCUCCGGUGGUGGCGCCAACGCGAUAGGCUCGCCCGGGGAGGCCACCGAAUUGGGGGAAGAGAGUCCUGAAAAUGGCAUAAAAGAAAUGGGUUCAUCUGUGAAAGUUGCAGAAGAGAGUCCUAAAAGGGGAGUAAAAGAAAUCGGUUCAUCCGUAGAAGUGGGAGAAGCGGGUUCUGUCAGCGAAGUAAAAGGAGAUGAUGCGCCUGUGGAGGUGGGAGAAGCGGGUUCUAUGAACGAAGUAAAAGAAAUGGGUUCAUCAGUGGAAGUGGGAGAGGCGGAUUCUAAAAGUGGGGUUAGAAGCACGGAAACGUCCAGCAGAGCCAAAGAAUUGGACCCAUCCAACAAUCUGGAACAAACAGAAGAAUCAAACUUAGUCAAAGAGAUAAGAGAAUCUAUCCAAGUCAAAGGAGCAGAAAUAGCCAACCAGGACAAAGAAGUAGGUUGUCUCAACCAAGCCGAAGAAAUGAGAUCCUCUGACGAACUAAAAGAGGUGGACUCACCCGCCCAAUUGAAAGAAGUAGACACGUCAAGCAUGAACGCGAACGACGCCCCAGAGGGACAAGGGGGACUCGGAAAAGAUUCAGUGGAGAGGAAGAGGAGCAGCCAACAAGGAAUCCAAAAGGGGGAUGGCAGUUCGGUCGGAAGGGACGCCGAGGGACAGGGAAAGGAAGGCGAAAUGGUGGAACAGAAGGGAAAGGUGAAAGAUGGCGAAGGGGAGAGAGAUUGCAAAAUGGAGAAAGAUGGAAAAGUGGAGAGAGAUGGAAAAAUGGAGAAAGAUUGCAAAAUGGAGAAAAAUGGAAAACGGGAGAAAGAUUCCAAAAUGGACAAAACUGACCAAGGGGACGACGCGAACCUCGAUGGGGCAGAAGGACGACCAAACAGCAGAGGCAGGGAAGGCUCAUUAUUUAACGCAAUAGGGAACCUCUUCCGUAGAAACAAAAAAAAAGUUCAGAGGGAACCUCCAAAAGAGAAAGGACAAGAGGAGCAAGUAGAAGUUUACGACGUAAAAAAUGAAAGCGAAAAAAGUGAAAAAUGUGAAAAAAGUGAAAAAUGUGAAAAAAGUGAAAAAAGUGAAAAACGUGAAAAAAGUGAAAAAUGUGAAAAAAGUGAAAAAAAUGAAAAAAGUGAAAAAAGUGAAGAAAGUGAAAAAAGCGAAAAAGACGAAAAAGACGAAAAAGGCGAAAAAAUGCAAAGUGCAGAAUCAAAAAAAAUGAAAGACGAUGCAGAGAGGGGUGACGAUGAGCUAGCAAAAAUUAAAAGCUCAAACGGUGACGAUGCAGAUGUGGGUGUGUGUGCAAAGAGCGCGGACAAAUCGAUCAGCGGGGACGACGGGAUCAACUCGGAUACGGAAAUACGAAGUGACGUUUCAGUUUAUACAAAUGCCAAGUCGGAGGGGGAAGCUCUUCACAUGGAGAAGCAGGAGGAGGAAGCUAUUCAUGUGGACACACCGGAGGGAAGUUGCUCAGGUGAAUCUAUGAGUCAGGGUGGAAGAGGACGAACUGUGGGUAGAGGGGAGAAUGACCAGAAAGAGGACCAACAUGAAGAAGCGGCACGUGUAAAAGUCAACGAAGGGGACCAAAAAGGUCAAGAAAAAUAUUUCAAUGAGAGGACACCCCCAAACGUAGACCCAACUGUCGUAAGAUGCAAAGAUAAAUUUGGAUCUCUUGAUUCCGGGGAAACCCACCAAAGGGAAGGUGGCGGAAAAGUCGUCAUAAAGGACGACGCAGAGGAUGACCAAGAGGAUGACGCAGAGGACGACGCAAAGGACGACGUAAAGAACGAAUGGCAUAACAGCCACAACGGCACCAAUGGCAUUCACAACAAUAACGGAGACAAAUCAGUGGCAGAUACAGACGAUUGCACUAAAGAGCUGGAGACAAAAAUAAGUCACCGAAAUAGACAGGAGCAGAUGAACCGAAGAAGAAGCGCAAAUGAAGACGCAUCUGGGGGGCAAGGUCAAGCAAUUGAAAGUGAUCCCACUGGACAUGCCAGCGAAGCAGGCGACCUGAAGACAGACACGGAAGAGGAGAGCAGCGGGGAAGUUCAGCAAUCUGAAAAAGGUCAGCAGUCUAAAAAAAGUGAGCAGUCUGAAGAAGAUGAAAAAUCUGAAACAGAUGAACCAAACAAACAGAGCGAACCACGUGAGGGAACCCCAAAUGGAGACAACGAUGGCUAUCGACAUGAAAUACCAAGAGGGGGAUCUUCCAAAGAGGUGAAAAGUGAAGGAAAUGAAUUGGAGGACGGAAAAAUGGAGACAGUCGAAGAUACCGCGUCGGUGAUUGCUUCUAAGGAAGGGGGAGAUGUGACGGAGGAACGAAAUUUGAAGACCCUCCGCGUGUGGGGGUCAGCCGAUAGGAAAGAAAACGACGCGAACGACUUGGGUGCUGUUGGUGGUUCGAAGGAAUUGACGAAUGCAGGUUCAGCGCAAUUAAGUGAUAAAGGCUCGGAAGGGGGUUCCCUCGUUAGCGGGGGAGGUUAUUUGAAAGAAAAAGACAUGAACGAGAUUCCAUCGGUAAGCGGCGCAUGUGAUUUGAAAGAAAAGAGCAUGAAGGAGACUCCAUUCGUUAUCGGGGUAGGUCAUUCAGACGGAAUUGCGUCGAGGAAGGGAUCCUAUGUUAUCGGAGCAAGCCAGUUUAAUCGGGACACGGCAAAGAAACACUCGCACGAUAGCAGCGUAGUUGGAUUGACAGAAAACGCGCCAGAAAAAAACUCCUUCGUUAGAAGGGAAUCCGACUCGAAUGAAGACAGCAGAAGGAAGGCUUCCCGCAUGACUGUUCCAGAUGAUUGGCCUGAAAACGAGUCAAAGAGGGGAUCAUAUGUUGCAAGCGAAAUCCGCUCAAGUGAAGGAGACUCAAAGAGGGGUUCACUUGUUAGCCGAGAAGGCCACUCCGGUGAAGGAGCCUCAACGGGGGAUUCACCUGCUGAGAGGACAAUCGAUUCGAAAGGAAAGGAGCCCAAGACGGUCUCAUAUGUAAGGGGGUUAGGCCAUUCGAUGGAGGAGGACACUAAAGGCACAAACGGCGCGAAUGACACGAAAGGCACGAAGGACAUUUGGCACAUGAAGACACCGGACGACGUGAGUGAAAGCAGUUCGGAAAAACUACACGUAGAUAUCGACACUUACCUGAGCGUUAACCAGGCAUGCAAUUCAAAUGAGACUAAAUCGGAGGAAUCCAUUACGAACAGAAAAGUCAUUUCCAAUGCAAGCCGAGCAAAGGAGUCCAGAGGUGGAAGCCCAGACAGGGUGAAAGAAAACAUGGAAAACAACCUGUGCGUAGGGAAGUCUGGGGACGCAAAUGGGAGCGAGGAAAGGAGGGGUUCAGAUAUAAUCGAUUCGGAUUACUCACAUGGAAGCAGUAGGAAGAAAUCAUCACUUAUUAUCGAUCCGGAUUACUCCUAUCGAACCAGUGCGAAGACCGCAUCGCUUAUUAACAGGGCAGCCCACUCACACGAGAACGAUUCAGACGAAUUAUGCAUAAACAACGUCACGAAGAUCUCUGCUGACAGGUUAGAUGAUUUUAUUCAAAAGGGCAUUAGUAAGACAAGGUACUAUGCGGACCCCUCAGGGGAUGCAAGUGAGAGAUUUCCCACAAGGGGAUCAUACGUUAAGAAGACAACCCAUUUUAGUGAAAACAAAUCGAAGAGGGAUUCUUGCGUGGACAGGAAAAGCGCUACGAAUGAGCGAAACGAACUGAAUUUUUGCAUUAACAGGUCAGGAGAUUCCAGUGUGAAAGAGGUCAAGAAGGGCUCACACAGGGACAGUUCAUCCGAGUGGAAGGAAAACGACGCAGAUGGAUUGGCGGUAAGCGACGCAGAUGAACUGGACGCAGCUGAAUUGGGGGUAGACAGUAUGAGUGAAAAUUGCGCCGAGGGAGUCUCCUAUGUGGACAGUUCAGAGGGCUUCGAAGGAAGGAGCGGAAGGAGGGGGUCGCACGUGGACGGGUCAAGGAGGAGGUCCUACAUGAGCAGAGAAACCCAUCUGAACGAAGAUAACACUAAGAGGAGAUCCCGCGUCAGUGUGGCAGACCAUCCUCACGAAGACAACACAAGGAAGGGAUCCUAUCUGAUCAGCGCUGCUGAUUCGAAUCAAAGGAGCGGCAGGAACUCCUCUCAAAUUAGCUGUCCAGAUAACUGGAGUGACAGGAACCGAAGCAAGCCUUAUCAUAUGGAAAGGACUCCCCAUCUGAGUGAAACCAGUUCCAAGACGGAGUCAUACAUGGAAGCUUCGGAGGACACACGCACAAAGGAUAGAACUGUAUUGUAUAUUAACAGGUCAGGUGAUCUGGGGGGAUGCAGAUCGAGGAAGGCCUCACACAUUAGCAGCAAAAGUGACGUGGGCCAAAGGAAAGGAAGCGCAUCGUGUAUCACUACGUCGGACGGGCUGAAGGAUAACGACACAGGGAAAACGUGGCGUGUGAAUCAUACAGACUAUUCGAAAGAAAACGACGGAAGUGCUUCGCUCGUUGGACAAUCAGGCGAGUUAGACGAAGGUAACACGAAGAAGACUUCAUUUGUGGAGGAAGGAAGUGAGUGGUACCUUAGCCGGUCGGGAGAUUUCAUGGGAAACGAUUCAGAAGAAGUGAAGGUGGCCGCUUCAAACAAAUUAAAUGUUAGCCGGCUGGGAGAUCCCCCUGGAAACGAUGCAGAGGAAAAGGCCUGUAUUAAUAGGCCAGGCUACCCCUGUGAGAGCAGCCUAAUCGAAGAACGUACGGAAGACGCAACGAGGUUAAGUGUUAGGAGGGGAGAAAAUGCAAUCGAACAGAGGGCAGUGCGAAUGUCACCCGGUAGAAGGUUCGUCAGUUCAGCUCGAAGCGAGACAGGGCACCCCAUUUAUCUGACCAGUGGAGGCAAUUUUAUUGAAAACGAUUUGAGGAAAUGGAGCCUUAGCACAUCCAAGGGGGGUUCAUCUGUGAAAAAGUCCACCGAUUCGAAGUCCGCCGAUCCAAAUGGAAAGGACUCGAAAGAACUAACAGGAGAUGGGGCGAACAAGAUAAGAGAAAACAGUUCAAGCCAGUCACAUGAAGACAACUCCGGGAAGUCCUACUUUAUCCUCGCCGAUAAUUCAAAGGGGGAGACAGAAAGGAGCAGAUCGUAUGUAAAGGGAACAGAUAACUCGAAUGAAGACAUCCCAAAUGGGACAUGCACAGAGGGAGAGCCAUCGUCAAGUAUUACCAAUUUGAGUGGAAUGAGCAGAAUGAGCGGAAUGAGUAGAAUGAGUAGAAUGAGCGGAAUGAGUGGAUGCAAGUCAAACAGGGGGGCGUUCACCGACAUGACAAUCCCUUCCAGUGACAGCGGCGGUAGGAAGACUUCCCACAUCAUGAGCAGGACAGACGGGUCGAAUGAAAUUAUUGCAAGGGAAGCCUCCGACAUGAACUAUGUAUCCACCUUUGAGAAAGAUGACACAAAUGAAUCCAUCGUUAGCAUAUCAUCGGUAGGGUCGAAAAGAAGCAAGAUAAAGAAGGGGUUACUACGUAUGAGGAGGUCGGACCGUUUGAAUGAGGAAGAGUGCUCGAAGAGCCAGCCUAUCGGUGGUGUUGCCGAUUCGAACGAGGGGAGCGGACAGAAGGGAUCCUACGUGGACAGGGAAGAUCGCUCCAGGGAAGCUUCCCAAAUUAGUAGUCCAGAUAACUGGAGUGAGCAGAACGGAAGGAAGGGCUCGCAUACCUACAGGAUAUACAGCUCAAACGAAAACGAAUUAGCGGAAGAAUCGAGCAUUAACAACUCAGGCGAUUUACCUAAAAACGGUAAUAGGAAGAAGUCUUACACAAAGAAGUCACACGAUUACAAUGAAAAGAACAAAGGGGAAGCCACUGGCGUCAAGGGAUCAGAUGAUUCGAAGGAAGGAAGCACAAACGAAUUGGACACAGAGGAUGCGACGAAAUGGACAGUCAACGCUUCACCCCAUUUAGAGAAAAAAAAUGGAAGGAAGACGUCACAUAUGAAUAGGCCAAACGAUUCCAACGAAAUGAACACAAGGAGGGACUCGUGUUUUGAGGAGUCAAUUCAUUUUAGUGAAAACGCGUCGAGGAAGACCUCACAUGUGCUGAAGUCAGAGACAGCCGAGAUGGCCAACAAAACAGCGGACUCAAAUGAAAGCGACUCAACCAAGGCAUGUAUUAACAGUGUAGGCGAUACAAAUGAAGGCGACUCAACCAAGGCAUGUAUUAACACUGCAGCCGAUACGAAUGAAAGCACCUCUGAGGGGGUGUCCUAUGUUAGUGGGUUGCCCCAUAUGAGUGAAAGCAACACGAAGAAGAGUUCAUUUAUUGACACGUCUGACCCUCUGAAUGAGGACCACUCGAAGAGUUUCUCCAUUGGCAGGGCUGGCGGUUUUAAUGAUGAGAGGCAAAGGGGGUGCCACAUAAACAGGGUUAUUCAUUUAAAUGAAAUACACAGUAACACAUCGCUCACGAAUCGGAAUGGUGAAUUGGCUGAGAAGAGGGAACAAGAUGUUGCCAGCACUAGCUUAGGUGAUGCAGAUGAAAUGAACGACAUUACUUCACACUCAAACGGGGCUGAUGAAUUAGCCGAGAAGAGCAAUCAACACUUCUGCAUGAACAAGUCAGGUGAUAUAGACAAAACGGAAGAUCACACUUCGCAGGAGAGCCGGAUGGCCACCGCUCAGGAAACGCAGCGGACAGGUGGAUCGAGGACAACAAACGCAGUCAGUGAAAGCCAAAAGCCGAUUAAAAAAUUGAGAGAGUAUUUUGUGAGUGGAAAAAACGAUUCAGAGAUGUUGAAAGAUAGCACGACGGACGUAAGUGGGGGACUACGCGAAAGGGGUACAGACAGAAGGGGUACAGACGAAAAAAGCACAAACGAAAAAGGCAAAGACGAAAACAGAACAGAUAAAAAAAGCACAAACGAAAAAGGAACAGACGAAAGGAGCAACUCUGACCAUUUUAAAAACAUCCAGGGGAAAUAUAAAUUUCAAAUGAACAUGAAGGAGGAGGAAAUAAACGAGCUACAGAAAAAGUUAAAGGAUGAAUUUCAAAUGCUACACGAAAUGAGCAAAAAGAAAAACAGCCUGAAAAAUAUUUUGGAAAAUUGUGUACAUGUUAAGUGUGUGGAUAGUUCCAAACAAGCGAUUGACGAGGAGCAGUACGACCGAGUUGAUUUGAAACACACCCUGAGUGGGAGUAGAAGCGGAACUGGGAGCGGAAGUGGAAAGGAACAUACUGGGGGUGACGAAACGGGGAAAGUGCACCCGAAGGAGCCUUUGGCUGACGUUCAAGACGAAAGCACAUUUGAAGAUACACGACCGGAGGAGGCAUUCGACAUGUCCAACUUUUCCACCGAGAUGAGUAACCGCGAAAUGAAGAAGCUGAGAAAGUGGAAGUCACUAAUGCUAUCAAAGGAGCACAAAGACGACUGGCUGUCAUCCGACGUCCUCUUAUGGUGUUUCUUGAACUUCAUCAAAUUGAAGAAGAUCGUGAGCAUAACUGAGUUGUCGGUUAAGUUUCAAACGAAGCGGGAGAACAUACGGAGAAAACUCAAAGAACUCGAAGAACACGACAUGAUUCAGGGGGUCAUGGACACGGAAGAGAACUACAUCUACUUGUCCCAGGAGGAGGUCACGAAACUGUGUGUGGAGAUCCUGUCCAUUGAGAAAAUAAAAACACACGAGGAUUUCGUGGAAAUAUGCAACAAGGUCAUAUCUCUCAGUAUCAACGACCAGGAUGUGCAAAAAUUGAAAGAAGUGGAGGAAAAAAUUGUUGAAGCGAAUAAAAAAAGAUAUUCCGAUUUUGCCUGCACAACCUGA